GUGACAUGUGACUGUCAGAAUUCAAAAAUAGUAAUGACAUUUGUUUUGCCCGAAAUCAAUGGCAUUGAUUCUUUGAUUUGCGGUGUAAUUUAUUAAGUGAAACUACUAAUAAUAUUAAGCAAAAUGUUACGUUUUUGUGGACAAACUGCGUUCGGUCAAAGUAAAAUACUCAUUCAACCUCUCAUACAGAAACAAAUAACCUCUAAAUUAAAGGCCAUUAACAGCUGUACUAGUAUUUUGAGUAGGAAUUAUGCGGUGAAAUUAACUGAGGAGGAUAACAAGUUAGAGUGUAUAUACAAAGGUCCACUGACGCCGCAGAUUAAGGGUGUAAAAGUGUUUUCGUUGAGCUCGAGUGCAGCGGGCUUAUUGGCACAACCUAUAAUCAUUAAAGAAGCCGCAACGAUAGGCAGUACCUCGCUCCUCGUCGCUAUUUGCUCAGUAGUGGGUUUCUUCACAUUCGUGACGCCUGUUUUACUUCACAUUAUCACCAAGAAGUAUGUAACAGAAAUACAUUACGACCCUACAACAUCAACAUACACUGCUUCCACUAUAAACUUCUUUUUAGCGAAGAAAAAGCUGGACUUCAAAGUGGAAGAUGUGGAGGUACCAGAAAUCCCCGGGAUGUUCACCACAUUGAAAGCUAAAGGAACACCUCUCUUCAUAGAAGCGAGGCACUUCAAUGAUCCCCUGCACUAUGCCAAGAUGAUGGGCUACGACAAACCUAUGGACUUCAAACUUGGAGACAGUAGUGAAGGCUCAAGUAAAUAGGUGUAGGCAUUUGUUUUUAUGUAUAUAAUAUAUUUAUUGUCAAGUUUAUCAUAGUUACUCAGUAACACACUCAGUGACUCGCACACACACCAUAUGUAUUUGUAUUUUUUUAUGUAUUUGUUUAUUUAUUCACCAUCAAAAUUUGUUAACUUGACGAAAGAGGGAACUGACUUCUGUAACUUAAGUUAGGCCUAGCCAGGCUGCUGGGCCUAGCGUGUAUGUCAGGAAAUUCAUAGAAAUGUUGUAACAUUAUUUUGUAUUUUUUUAGUUACUGUUUAGUAAAAUAAUUAUAAAGUUGUUAAGUAGUUA